UGGCAGUCAACAAUUCUCUCGUUGCAAAAUACAAAGUACUAAAACAUACAAAGCAGUUAACGUUAGCUAGCUAGCUCGAUUUGGGAAUUACGAAUUGUAGGCAAUUGAAGACGGUGAUGGUUGUUCCUUUGUUUACGACCCUUUUCGACACGGAUAUACACUUUAUUUAAGGCAUGCUUUCUGCUUCCACAAGUGACGUUCUCGCAAAGAAAUGCUAAACGCAUGCAAGAUACGAUCAACAGCCAACUAAGAUAGCUAACGUUACGCAAAUAAGUAAACCAAUUUACUAGCAAAACUGGUGAAAGCGCGUGCGUUCGGACAAAAUUGCGCAAACCAAAUUCAGCCAAACAGAAUAGCCACAUUAGCUAAUAAAUGUCACAGCUUUCCGAAUAAGACCAACAUCGAAUGGGGAGAUCGGGUGCGGUCGGUCAUGUAAACUGUCGCUACAAAUGUAACACAUACUACUGCUAGCCAUCACGUUAGCGAUCUUUGUGGAAAUGAAUGAUAGCUUUAGCUGCUUUAGCUAGUUAGCCAACUAGCCUAGGUCACUUUAUUCAACAUUUCAAAUAACAUUUACGUAGAUGCUAGGGGCACUACUGUUCAAAGUAAAGCGUAGUAACUCAACAAGAAUCUCACACGUUUAAGGUGAAACGGCAUUUCUCCGUUAGCCAAGUUACGUGAAACACCAAAUGGUAACGUUGGCCGGCCAAUGCUACGCUACCUCUCGGUAGUAGACUACUGUUAGCGAACUCAAAGGGUAUCCAGGCCGUCGCCAUAUUUGACCCAACCAAAAUGGCAGCCCAGUAGAAUAACCAACACAAAGCUAGCUAACCAGGCUCAUAUUUAUCAGUUUUUCUAGAAUACUUCUAUCGGUCGAUGAGAGAACCAAAUUACUGGGAAGACUGGCUACCUAAGAUCGACCACGCUGCCGGAACACACAGGAGCCCUGUGUCCGAAAACCAUGAUCAAGUUCCUGCUGAUGGCCAACAAGCAGGGCCAGAUCCGUCUGGCCAAGUAUUACGAGCAUGUGGACAUUGCCAAGAGGGCAUCGCUGGAAGCUGACAUUGUGAAAAGUUGCCUGUCUCGCAGGAAAGAAGAGUGCUCUUUUGUAGAAUACAAGGACUACAAGCUGGUCUACCGGCAGUAUGCAGGGAUAUACGUCAUAGUCGGAGUCAAUGAGACAGAGAAUGAACUUGCCAUCUUUGAGCUGGUGCAUAACUUUGUGGAGGUGCUGGACAAGUACUUCAGCCGUGUGAGUGAGUUGGACAUCAUGUUCAAUCUGGAUAAAGUGCACAUUAUCUUGGAUGAGAUGAUCCUGAACGGGCACCUAGUGGAGACCAACAAAUGCAGAAUUCUGGCCCCCCUGCUGGUCCUGGAUAAGAUGGCAGAGAGCUGAUCGAUGGGAACAGCCAGAGAUGACAGGAACAAUUCAAAUUCUAUCAAUCAAUCCUUUUUUUAUCGAUUGAAAUUCUACAUUCCCACCGUACUGUAUUAAAAAACUUUGCAUUUAUCAAUAAAAUAAAUUGCUGCAUA